AUGCAGUUGUCGAAGUUGACAAUUCGUCGCUCGAUAGAUUUAUCGAGCCAAUUCUCCCCUUGAUUUUAUCUUCCCAUUUUGCGCAGAAUUCGACAUUUAUGGAAGCUAUUGAAGAAGAUGAGAGCUUCAUAAUUCAUGAAUGCGAUUACAAGAUUUUGGGCAACAUUGACAAAUAUCAACCUGAUAUUGUGAUAAGUGCAACCACAGCAGUGUUGGUCGUGCACGAACAAGAAAAGUUUGAGGAAACCCGUUUGAGAAUUUCGCUAGCCAGUUUAAAAUUCACGACAUGCUGGGUAAUAAUAUUGGCCCCUGGAGGGCUAACCUUGUCCAAACCGCCUGUACAGUGGGAAUCUCUCAAAGUUUUAGCCAAAUUCUACGAGAACAAUUAUUACCAGAAUGAUACGACUGAAUUUUUAUUGCUAAAACGCAUAGCCAACACUUAUCGAGAUGUGGCGUUCUUCGUCAAGGGUGCUGCAUUAGACGAGAUUCAUCAAGAUAUUAAUUCAAAUCAUCAUCCACUCAGUGUCAAAGCCAAACUUUUGCUUCAGUUUCCGCAAUUGAAUGCCGUGACUGCGCCCUUAAUUGCCCAGCACUUUGACGCAAAAGAACUCGUUACGCUGCCCGUGGAGACGCUCUGUAAUCGGAUUCCUACUCUUCGUCAUACCAUCAAAAUGAUUCGCAACUACCAUCACACAUCGCUACAGUUACUGUAUGAAAUGGAUAUUGAUGAACAAAAAUCGUCAAUUGAGGACAUGGACACACACCCUUUUUUCGGUCAACUCAAACACGGUCAACCAUGGAAUCUGGAGACAGUAAAUGUGAAGGAAUGUGAGCUACGCAAGUUACCAACGCUCAAAACGAGAUCAAAACUGUAAAUUGAUCAUAUGGAAGAAAUGGGCACGCCUUUAAGCGUUAGUCAGCAUAAAACAUGUUGUGCUCUCCUUUUCCUUGUCAGCCAGUCUAUGUUUAUUCUCUACUUCUGCAAAGAGCUUUUCUUUUCUUUUCUUUCCUGCGUUUCAUUUUUUUCUAGUUAAAGUUUACAUGCAGUAGUCAUUUCCAAAGCAGUUUAUACGCAUUAGUCGUUUACAAAGAAUUUUUGUGCUCUCCUUUCCCUUGUCAGCCAGUCUAUGUUUAUUCUCUGCUUCUGCAAAGAGCUUUUCAUUUCUUUCCUGUGUUUCAUUUUUUUCUAGUUAAAGUUUACAUGCAGUAGUAAUUUCCAAAGCAGUUUAUACGCAUUAGUUGUUUACAAAGAAUUUUUGAAAGGUCCAAAAUGACAUUUGAACCAGAUUUCUCCUCACAAUGUCUCAGUUUAUGUCAUUUCGUUCCGUUACACGUCCUUAAGUUAAAUAUGCGUAUAAUAAA